AUGGACCAAAACAUUCAACUGCAGAACGAUCGGUUCAGCAUUCAAGGACAAAAUGAUCAAUCCGUGCAAUCUCUACUUAUGUUCCCUGAUCUUACAACGAUACCAGGGCCACUGAUCAUCACUGACUCGGCAAUUGCAAUCUGGAAUGCCACGACGCAAAUCGCCCAAUACCGUGUUGCUCACCACCGUACGGCGCUGCCACAUGAGCCGAUCAACACGACAGAAGAACAAAAGUGUUGGUUGAACUUGAUUCUGUUACGAAGGGAGCACAAGUUGGAAGAGUAUAUGAGGUGCUUGGAUAGUGCAUGGCGGGAGUUGAACGAAAUGAGGAAGCUGUUGGAUAUCAGGAGGAAUCAGUGA